AUGAAAGAUGAAAAAGCGAUAGCAAAGGAAAUACUACUUGAGCAUCUAGUGUCAUGCCUCAAGACCGAAGUCGAGUUGAAGGAGAAGGAACUAGAACAUGAACGGAAGGUAACUAAGGAGUUGGAGUCUCGGAUCAUGUUCCAAAUCGAAAAUGGUGACCUUUCUCAAACCCAAAUUGAUUAUUUAAAAGCAUGUUUGAGUAACCAGCAGUUAGAUACGCAACAUUCAUCUACAAGUGGCAUCAACGAGCCAGUUCUUGGAGAUGAUAUCCCAAAGGCUUCAGAUGUUGCACCUGACGAAGGAGGGAGAAACAUGAAACCAUCUGAUGACGUGGAUGAUGAGAUGAAGAAGACCUAUCAUCAAGGAGAGAGCAGCAAAUCUGGUGGUGCAGACGAUGCCUAA